GGGGCUGCGGGAGCUUGGGGGCCAGUGGCAGGAACAAGCCUUUUCCGACCUGAUGGAGCUGUAUGAGACAUCCCCCUAUUUCUACCAGGAGCCCCACUUCUAUGAUGGGGAAAACUACCUUCCUGUCCACCUUCAGGGCUUCGAGCCCCCGGGCUAUGAGCGGACUGAGCUCAGCUUAAGCCCGGAAGCCCGAGGGCCCCUGGAAGAAAAGGGACUGGGGACCCCUGAGCAUUGUCCAGGCCAGUGCCUGCCGUGGGCAUGUAAGGUGUGUAAGAGGAAGUCUGUGUCGGUGGACCGGAGGAGGGCAGCCACACUGAGGGAGAAGCGCAGGCUCAAGAAAGUGAAUGAGGCCUUCGAGGCCCUGAAGAGGAGCACCCUGCUCAACCCCAACCAGCGGCUGCCUAAAGUGGAGAUCCUGCGCAGCGCCAUCCAGUACAUUGAGCGCCUACAGGCCUUGCUCAGCUCCCUCAACCAGGAGGAGCGCGAUCUCCGCUACAGAGGCGGGGGCGGGCCCCAGCCCAUGGUGCCCAGUGAAUGCAACUCCCACAGCGCCUCCUGCAGUCCGGAGUGGGGCAAUGCACUGGAGUUCGGUCCCAACCCAGGAGAUCAUUUGCUCGCGGCUGACCCUACAGACGCCCACAAUCUGCACUCCCUUACGUCCAUCGUGGACAGCAUCACGGUGGAGGAUAUGUCUGUUGCCUUCCCAGACGAAACCAUGCCCAACUGAGAUUGUCUGUCAGGCUGGGUGUGCAUGUGAGCCCCCAAGUUGGUGUCAAAAGCCAUCACUUCUGUAGCAGGGGGCUUUUAAGUGGGGCUGUCCUGAUGUCCAGAAAACAGCCCUGGGCUGCCACAAGCCAGACUCCCCACUCCCCAUUCACAUAAGGCUAACACCCAGCCCAGCGAGGGAAUUUAGCUGACUCCUUAAAGCAGAGAGCAUCCUCUUCUGAGGAGAGAAAGAUGGAGUCCAGAGAGCCCCCUUGUUAAUGUCCCUCAGUGGGGCAAACUCAGGAGCUUCUUUUUUGUUUAUCAUAAUAUGCCUCGAAUUCCACCCCCCACCCCCAAAAUGAAACCGUUUGAGAGACAUGAGUGCCCUGACCUGGACAAGUGUGCACAUCUGUUCUAGUCUCUUCCUGAAGCCAGUGGCUGGGCUGGGCCUGCCCUGAGUUGAGAGAGAAGGGGGAGGAGCUAUCCGGUUCCAAAGCCUCUGGGGGCCAAGCAUUUGCAGUGGAUCUUGGGAACCUUCCAGUGCUUUGUGUAUUGUUUAUUGUUUUGUGUGUUGUUUGUAAAGCUGCCGUCUGACCAAGGUCUCCUGUGCUGAUGAUACCGGGAACAGGCAGGGAAGGGGGUGGGGGCUCUUGGGGUGACUUCUUUUGUUAACUAAGCAUUGUGUGGUUUUGCCAAUUUUUUUUCUUUUGUAAUUCUUUUGCUAACUUAUUUGGAUUUCCUUUUUUAAAAAAUGAAUAAAGACUGGUUGCUAUCA